AUGGGGCAGAAAGAAGAGAGGAAAGACGGCGGCGUUGUGGUGGUGAAACCGAAGCCAAGUAAAGGCAUUGCUUCCAAGGCCGUGGACUGGUUGGAAUGGGUUUUUGUGAAGCUAAUGCAUGAUUCCAAAAAGCCCCUUCAUUAUCUUUCUGGUAAUUUUGCUCCAGUUGAUGAAACUCCUCCUCUUCAGGACCUUCCUGUUAAAGGGCACCUCCCUGAGUGUUUGAAUGGUGAGUUUGCGAGGGUUGGUCCCAACUCAAAAUUUUCUCCAGUUGCUGGAUAUCAUUGGUUUGAUGGAGAUGGAAUGAUUCAUGGUAUUCGCAUAAAAGAUGGAAAAGCAACAUAUGUUUCUCGCUAUGUGAGGACAUCACGCAUUAAACAAGAAGAGUAUUAUGAUGGGGCUAAGUUUAUGAAGAUUGGAGAUCUGAGAGGGAUGUUCGGAUUAGUCAUGGUAAACAUGCAAAUGCUUAGAGAAAAACUCAAAGUAUUGGAUAUGUCUUAUGGACAUGGUACAGCUAAUACUGCUCUAGUAUAUCACCAUGGAAAGCUUUUGGCACUCCACGAGGGAGAUAAACCAUAUGCAAUAAAAGUUCUAGAAGAUGGAGAUCUGCAAACCAUUGGCAUGCUGGACUACGACAAAAGAUUGACACAUACAUUUACUGCUCAUCCUAAGGUUGACCCAUUCACCGGGGAAAUGUUUGCCUUUGGCUAUUCACAAACGCGACCAUAUCUCACAUACAGAGUCAUAUCAAAGGAUGGGCUAAUGCAUGAUCCAGUACCAAUAACAAUAUCUGGCCCCGUUAUGAUGCAUGAUUUUGCUAUUACUGAAAAUUACGCAAUUUUUAUGGAUCUCCCUUUAUAUUUCAGGCCAAAGGAAAUGGUGAAGGAAAAGAUGUUAAUAUAUUCUUUUGAUGCCACAAAGAAAGCUCAUUUUGGUAUCCUUCCACGAUAUGCAAAGAAUGAGCUACUAAUCACAUGGUUUGAGCUUCCAAAUUGCUUCAUAUUCCACAACGCAAAUGCUUGGGAAGAAGGAGAUGAAGUUGUCCUCAUUAGUUGUCGUCUUGAGAAUCUAGAUCUUGACAUGGUUAAUAGCAGCGUAAAAGAAAGGCUCGAGAAUCUCACCAACGAACUGUACGAGAUGAGGUUCAACCUGAAAAAUGGAUUGGCUUCGCAGAAAAAAUUAUCUGCUCCAGCUGUAGAUUUUCCGAGGGUGAAUGAAAGCUACACUGGCAGGAAACAACAGUAUGUAUAUGGAACAAUACUAGAUAGUAUUGCUAGGGUAAGUGGGAUUAUCAAAUUUGAUUUACACGAGGAACCGGAGAUUGGAAAAUCGAAGCUUGAAGUAGGAGGAAAUGUUAAAGGUAUCUUUGAUUUGGGACCUGGAAGAUUUGGUUCAGAAGCCAUCUUUGUUCCCAGGCAGCCUGGUACUACUUCUGAAGAGGAUGAUGGCUACUUGAUUUUCUUUGCACAUGAUGAGAACACCGGAAAGUCAGUUGUUAAAGUAAUUGAUGCAAAAACGAUGUCACCUGAUCCCGUUGCUGUUGUUGAACUGCCUAAGAGAGUUCCAUAUGGAUUUCACGCCUUCUUCAUGACAGAGGAACAACUUCAAGAUCAAGCAAAGCUUUGA